GCGAGGAGCCGCCGUCGGCGGGACUUCCGUGUUGGCGGGAUUCUGAACGCUGCCAUGGCUCAGACCGUGCAGAACGUUACAUUGUCGCUCACUCUGCCCAUCACGUGCCACAUUUGCUUGGGGAAGGUACGCCAGCCUGUCAUAUGCAUCAACAACCAUGUAUUUUGUUCAAUUUGUAUCGAUUUGUGGUUGAAGAAUAAUAGCCAGUGUCCAGCUUGCAGAGUCCCCAUCACGCCUGAAAAUCCUUGCAAAGAGAUUAUUGGAGGAACAAGCGAAAGUGAACCUAUGUUAAGCCAUACAGUCAGGAAGCACCUUCGGAAAACUAGACUUGAGUUACUCCACAAAGAGUAUGAGGAUGAAAUAGAUUGUCUGCAGAAAGAAGUAGAAGAUCUUAAGAGUAAAAAUCUUAGCCUAGAGUCACAAAUCAAGACUAUUCUGGAUCCUUUAACCUUGAUGCAAGGCAACCAGAAUGAAGACAAGCAUCCAGUUGCAGAUAAUCCAAAUAAAAUUGACCCAGAAACUGUAGCAGAGUGGAAGAAAAAACUUAGAACAGCUAAUGAAAUCUAUGAAAAAGUAAAAGAUGAUGUGGAUAAGUUAAAGGAAGCAAAUAAAAAAUUGAAAUUGGAAAAUGGUGGCCUGGUGAGGGAGAAUUUACGACUGAAGGCUGAAGUUGAUAACCGAUCACCCCAGAAGUUUGGAAGGUUUACAGUAGCUGCUCUUCAGUCCAAAGUAGAACAGCAUGAACGUGAAACCAAUCGCCUCAAGAAAGCCCUGGAACGAAGUGAUAAGUAUAUAGAGGAACUAGAAUCUCAAAUUGCACAGCUAAAAAAUUCAAGUGAAGAGAAGGAAGCUAUGAAUUCCAUUUGCCAGAGAGCACUUUCUACAGAUGGCAAGGGGAGCAUAGUCAACGAGGAGGAUAUGGCAUCAAAGAAUCAAGGUGAUGGUGCCAGAAAGCAGCUUGGCUCAUCCACCUCAAGUUCUCACCUGGCAAAACCUUGUAGCAGUUCUGCCAGGCAGGAAAGCACCAGCAAAACAGAACCGAAUUGUUCUAAGAACAAAGACCUGUAUCAAAAACAGGUGGAAAUAAUGUUAGAUGUGACAGAUACAAGUAUGGAUACUUAUUUGGAAAGAGAUUGGGGUAAUAAGCCAAGUGAUAGUAUACCCUACAAAGAUGAAGAACUUUAUGAUCUUCCAGCUCCUUGUACUCCUUUAUCCCUUAGUUGCCUUCAGCUCAGUACUCCAGAAAAUAGAGAGAGCUCUGUAGUCAAAGCAGUAGGUUCCAAAAAGCACCCAAACCAUCUCAGAAAAUUGGUGUUUGAUGAUUUUUGUGAUUCUCCAAAUGUUUGUAAUAAAGAUUCAUCAGAAGAUGAUAGAAGUGAAAAUGAAAAGAAAUCAGAGUGUUUUACUUCCUCAGAGACAGGGUUUUGGGACUGUUGUUCCACAAGCUAUGCCCAAAACUUGGAUUUUGAAAGCUCAGAGGGGAACACAAUAGCAAAUUCUGUUGGAGAAAUUUCUUUAAAAUUAAGUGAGAAAUCAGGCUCAUGCUUAUCUAAGAGGUUGAAUUCUAUUCGCUCUUUUGAAAUGAAUCGGACAAGAACAUCCAGUGAAGCAUCCAUGGACGCAGCUUACCUUGACAAAAUCUCUGAGUUGGAUUCAAUGAUGUCGGAAUCAGACAACAGCAAGAGCCCUUGCAAUAAUGGUUUUAAGUCAGUGGAUUUGGAUGGGUUAUCAAAGUCGUCUCAAGGCAGUGAAUUUCUUGAGGAACCAGAUAAGCUGGAAGAAAGAACUAAGCCAAACCUUUCCAAAGGUUCUCUAACUACUGAUCAGUUAGAAAAUGGAAAUGAUUGGAAACCUGCUUCUUUUUUUCUCCUCUCUCCAUCUGACCAAGAAAUGAAUGAAGAUUUUUCUCUCCAUACCAGUUCUAACCCAGGAACUAAUGAAAUCAAACCCCCAAGCUGUUUGUUUCAGACUGAGUUUUCCCAGGGUGUUUUGUUAAGCAGUUCACACCGGCUAUUUGAAGAUCAGAGGUUUGGGUCAUCUUUAUUUAAGAUGACCUCAGAGAUGCAUGGUCUUCAUAACCACCUUCAGUCUCCUUGGUCUACUUCCUUUGUGCCUGAGAAGAGGAAUAAAAAUAUGAAUCAAUCAACAAAAAGAAAAAUCCAGAGCAGUCUUUCCAAUGCCAGCCCAUCAAAAGCAACUAAAAGUUGACUCAUUAGAAAGGUGUCAUUUAUGUUUUUGUCCUGAGAGGAAUAUAAGUUUUUAAAGUUCCUUUUUUCCCUCAUAAAAGUUCUAUACAAUUUUGAAUUGAUAAUCUGUAGUCAAGUGUCAAGUCAGAAUGGUGGAUUAGCCUGUAACCAAAAUACUUAUGUUCAUUUUAAAGAAUUUGUCCUUUUUCAGUUUCAUUUGGGCAUCUUUUUAAACAGAAAAGAUAGGGAGAGGGUUUCUUUUAAUGAAUAUUAUAUGUAUCUGGUUUGGGUGUAUUUUGUUUUCUUUGGUCUUGAUUUAGCUGUUAAGAUACAGUGGCCUAUUAAUGAGCCUCGGUUGUCUUCAGAACUUGGAUUUCUUAAAUAAAACUUUUUGGGUUGUUUACACACUGCUCAUAAGACACUUGAGUUUCUUUAAAACUUUCCUAGGUUGGGAAUAAUUUUGCCUGCCCUUUUUUAUUUAUAUUUAGUGAUGGCUCAACUUUUAGGCAGGGCCAUGGUGGAGAAAUAGCACUCUAUAUUAGUCCAGUAUUCAUUUACUUUUUUUUUUUUAGGUUUUGUAUAUGUAUGUUUGCAUUUUUAACAUUGUGUUUUGUACAGUUUUUGUGAGAACCUUUUGCUAGAAUGAAAGAACACAUUUUCUAUAUGAAAAUAUUUGUUUUAUGUCAGGUAGCUUUCAUUUCCUCAUCUUUUUGUGUGUGUUGAAAAUCAGAAAUUGAGCCUACCUUGGAAAGAAGGCAUAGAAUGGUUGGUUGGGUUUGGAGGAGCCUAAACAUGGUAGCGUCAUUGUUCCAGAUACACAGGUGCAGAAGCACUCUUUGCCAAAUGCUUGAUCCACUUUCAUCCCAGGGAGCUUUUUUUGGAGUGAAGUUCUUGUUUGCAUGUUACUAUUCUUUGUGGAAACUGUAUGCAUGGUAGCAUUCUUGCUUGCACUGUUUUCCUUACUUAAGAAAAAGAAGUUUUAGUUGGCUAAUAGAAUAUCUUUUAUGUAGGACAGAAUUUUUUUUCAUGAAGAGUGUUGAAAUGAGAAUAGGUGAGCUAAGCACAAUUUUUAAUUUAGGCUCUGAAAAAGUAUAUUCUAAACAUGUUUGGUAUGCCUAUAUAGGCCUUUAAAAAUGGUUUGUAUGCUAAUGACUUGUUUAUCUAAUGUGCACUGAACAUUUUACAUUAAUACUGUACUGUUUUACAUUAAUACUGCAUGCUUUUCUAUGUGAAUUGAAUAAAGGAUGUCAUAAGCACUGUAAUCCUUGAUGUUGUCUUAGAUAUUGAAUUAGCCUGUAACGACCAGUAAAACUUACAUUUUUAAUUGAUCUUAUAGAAGUUGACAAACUGUGGACCAUGGACCAAAUCUGGCCUACACUUGUUUCUUGUGAAAAACCUGUGAACUAAAAAUGGUUUUUACACUUUUUAAGUUUUUAAAAAUCAAAAAAAUCUUUCAUAAUACAGGAAAAUGAUAUAAAAUUGAAAUUUCAGUGUUUCUAAAUAAAGUCUUAUUAGAAUGCAGCUACACUCAUUUGUUUACAUAUUAUCUAUGACUGCUUCUACAUUGCAGUGGCAGAGUUGAAUAGUUGCCACUGAGACCAUAUGGCCCACAAAGCCUAAAUAAUAUUUACCAUUUGGCAUUUUACAGAAAAAUUUGCUGACCCCUGUUAAUAAUAGACUCUAAGGAUUCAAUGAAACUAUAAAAGUGUAACAAAUCACUUUUAUGAUAUGGAGAAUAAUGCCUUCCACUUUUAGAAAUAAUAAGGGCCAAAAAUAAAAGCUAACAUGAAGCAUAAUUUUAACAUACAUAUUCCAAUAAGUAUAUGUGUGUUAUUUUUUUCUUUUGAUGUGUUAAAGUCAGUGGAUACUUUUAGAGAUAAGUAGUUUAGAUAUCUUUGACAAUGUGGUAAUAUAUUUGAAAUUCUAUUAAAUGUAGAAAUCUAUAAUUUUUCUGAGUAAUCACAGAGUAAAUUUGUGGGUAAGCCUCACUCUAAUUCUGUCUGUAACUCUUCUUUACUAUGAAUGUGUCAGUUUUUAAUCCAUUAAUCCAAAUAUAUACUGACAGUGUGCCAUGGCAAUGCAGAAUGUGUAACCUGAUUUAGUGAUGCCUAAUCAGGGUUAGAGUGUCUCUUCUGGACCAAAGUAUUUCCCAGCUGCUUCAGACACGUUGCUCCACCCUUCCCAAAACAAUAUUUCAUAUAUUAAAUUAAUCAAACCUGUGACAUUUCUCAGUUGAAGGGAAUAACCAGGAUUUUAUUUUAAUCACAUAUUCUCAUUUGUACCCUUUACAUAAUCUGUGAUACAGCAUGAUAAAUGUAGUGGUUUCAUGUAUUUUUUUUUAAAGAUUUUAUUUAUUUAUUUGACAGAGAGACACAGUGAGAGAGGGAACACAAGCAGGGGGAGUGGGGAGGGAGAAGCAGGCUUCCUGUGGAACAGGGAGCCCGAUGCGGACUCGAUCCCAGGAUGCUGGGAUCAUGACCUGAGCAGAAGGCAGAUGCUUAACGACUGAGCCACCCAGGUUUCAUGUAUUUUCAAGUAUAUUGUAUGCACACUCUAAAAACAAAACAAAGACAAACUUCUUUAAACCAAGCACUUUACUAAUUUCUAUUUCCUUUAAUCCUCUUCAAACUCUGUAAGCCAAGAACUGUUAUUCUCAGUUUAAAAUAAGUGAUUUGAGGAUUAGUGGUCAUACAGCUGGAAUGGGAUAGAACCAUGUCUUAGAGCUGGGCCCCUGACUCUAGAGCUUGUACUCUUCUCCCCUAAGCAUGAGAGUUCCCAUCUGUAGGCCAAAGGAUGAAUGGAUUUGAAAUUUCCGAGGGUUAUUUUUAAAGUACUACUUUAGAAAUAUUAGCAUGUUUCUUUUCAAGUAGCAUUUAAUUCCUGCCAAUGUUCCAGGGUCUAACUCCACUACUAAGUGGAAGCUCAGUGAUGAAAAUUGUUUGUGUGCCACUUUUAAAUUUAGAAAGAAUUGCAUUAACUCCGACAUUUAGAUGAAUUUAACCCUUAUUGGGAGGGUUAGCACUAAAGACUAUGUUAGAACAAGAUGCACUUGUGAUAAGGGAAGCAGACACUAAUCAUCAUGCCUAUAAAAACAGCAUCUUUUGAUUGCUUAUCUUUCUAAAAUGUAAUGGCAAAGGGAAUGUGACAUGCGAGAUUUUUUUUUGACAUGACCUUUAGUGUUCAUCUUUUAAUUUUCCCAAAAUAUUAAUCCCAUCCACAAAUGACAUGUUUUUUCCUGUUUUAAUGUAUCAGCUGAGACAAAAGCUGAAAAUGGUAGACUAAGAUUUAUAGCUCCUUAAUUUCAAAUCUGCUUUGUAUUCCCAUAAUUUCUUUUGUAUCUACAUUGGCUUAAGGGUACCACUGAACAAGGGAAGAACUUUGGUCUUAAACCCUAAGAUGUUUCAGCAACUUGUUUCUGUAUAUUUGAAUGGUUUUCAGUUAUUCAAAGUGUAAUACAUAGAUUUUGUACCUGUGAAUGAUAACUUGUACAACAUCAAACUGAGAUUAACAGUUUUUUAUGGAGUAUGGCCUAUUAGAUUAAAUGUGUUUCCCAAAGCCUCAUAAGAAGGUCUUUCAUUCCUAUUUGUGGGAGUCCUACAACACAGUCUUUGCCUGUGAUGAUGUAACUCAAUCCUUUUAAUAAUACUUGGCAGAGAGAAAACCUUUUAAGCAAUGAUCUCAGAGUGCAUAGUGAACAUUUAUUGCCUAAUUCUCGGAACCCCACUCUGAGCGAGGAAACAUCUAUUAAGAUGCAGAUUUCUUUUAAGAACCCAUCUGGAGCUCAGGCUAGGGCGAUCUUCAGUUUUAUAUGACAGAAGCAGCCUAGAAUACUUUGAAUUGGAGCUCCACUUCUUGAAAUGGUAGAUUCUAAGGUCUGCUGUGUCUUAAGAGGGAACAACAGACCCCCUCUAAUAAAUGUUAGUUGGAUUAACCAAGUGUGGAGAAGUGUGUGCCUUGUGUGACACUUAAAAUUUCGGAGUUACUAAGGGCAAGGAUUUAGGCAUUUACUGAGACUUUCUGUGAG